AUGUUGCUAAAACUGUGCCCGGACAGCCCUAUUUUUGACGACAAAUUUCUUAGCCUUGAUAGUCUCGACUCCUACAGUACAGACAUGGAGGCCAUGUCAGUAACCACAGAUGAACCAACCUCCAGUGAAGGUUUAUUCAACGCCUCUGACCAGCAGUUCCUGCAGCACAAACGCGGGAAGCAGCUGCAGACGGACUGUGACAGCCCAAAGAAGAAGCGGAUUCGUAAAACUCGAGCCAAGGUGAAAAGUCCAGAGGUGAUCCAGAAGCUGAAAACGAAUCGCAGACAGCGAGCCAACGACCGAGAACGCAACAGAAUGCAUGGUCUCAAUGAGGCCUUGGAAGUUUUGAGAACGACACUGCCAAAUUCCACAGAGGCCAAAAUGACAAAGAUCGAAACACUAAGGUAUGCAUGCAACUACAUCAGCGCUCUGGCCGCCAGUCUGAAGCUGCUUGAGAAGACAAAGGACAGACCUGAUUUGCCUACUGAGCUACCGAAUCCUGAAGACUACGCAUUUAUGAAUAACUUCCAUUUUGAACAGGAGAACGAACAAACCGAACAAGAUUCUUUGCCUAGUUCUGUAGUCUCAAUAACAGGAAAUCGGUGCAGCAUUCCAAGUGAUUACAUUGAUGUCCCACAGACUCGCCAGCACAACUGUCAGCAGAAUAUUAGUAGAAUAGCCUACACACCUCCACUGCAGGACCAACUGGCUACCGAAAUGAAUUUUAUGGACACAAUAGCCACAAAUGCAGAGAACUUAAAUUUUCUAGAACAAUCUAUCCAUCGACAAUUGAAUAACCAAUACAGUUUCAAGCAGGAGCAAGAGAUUUGUGGGAGCCCCAUUUCACCGUUUCAGUCUGCAUUUGGUUCCCAGAAUAGACAUUUGACCAGCGAAGCGGCGAUGGAAGCACUGUUGAAUUCCGUGGACAACAGAAAUGAUCAGUUUUACAACUUCUCAUCAGGCAUUCAGCCAGUGACAAAUUUACAUGUAGCCUAUAUGACACCGCCUACAUCACCUGAAAAUCAGCAACUAUGUAACGAACGCCUGCAACAACAGCAACAAUCACAACAUUCUGUGAAGGCGGUAACAGCAACAGUAGCAGCAACAACAUCCUUACCUUUGACAAAUAACUUUCUCCAGCAGCAGCUCAUUGACCAGCUUAUGCACAACAAGAUCCACGUGUUCUCUAACAUCAUGUCUACAUCUAACCAAUUCACAUCAUCAUUAUCCCCAUCAACACUACCAUCAUCAUUACCAGAAUCAUCAUUGUCUUUAUUCCAAGGCCAGUUUUUAUGA